CUCCGCCCAGCCCUUAACCAAUCUCAUAAUGUCCAUUUGGGGCCACAUUGGCCCCAUGGACGGCAGCUCGUCUUUUAACUGGGCAGCCCUUUCUCUACUUACCCCUUCAUAUGUACCCUACUACGCGCCUGACGUCGCUUGGACAAUAGUUAUCAUGAGCGGCUCGAAAGUCGUUUUUGUGGGCAAUAUUCCUUACGAGCAGACCGAGGAGCAAUUGAUUGAUAUCUUUAGCGAAGUUGGACCUGUGGUAUCGUUCAGACUGGUAUUUGAAAGAGAGACCGGUAAGCCCAGAGGAUACGGCUUUUGCGAAUACCAGGACGAGCGGACAGCAGCCUCAGCCGUCAGGAACCUCAAUGGGAGGGAGAUCGCAAACAGAUCUCUGAAAGUCGACUUUGCGGACACGGAUCCCGCACGGAUGGAUGGACGCGAUCUUGAGGAAGGAUCUUUCAUGACGAACGCUGGUCAGAGGCCCCCGCAACCACAUGCACCCCCACCAUUGCCACUCCCGCUUCAGCAACAGCCGCAGCAACAGCAACAGCAACAGCAACAGCAACAGCAACAGCAACAGCAACAGCAACAGCAACAACAACAGAUGCCGUUCUUGCAAAAUCCGCUGUCAGGACGGGUUGAUCCACGUUUGGCCAACAAUCCAGCAGCGGCCACGUCCGCGGCGCCGAUGAUCCCUCCCCAUGUACAACAGGGACUACUCCUUGGACCUGGCGCUCUGCUCGGACUUCCUUCUGCGCCAACAGGACCUUCACCCGGAGGAAUCAGUUCUGCGGACGCUAUCUCAGCAGUGUUAGCGACGAUGACACCACAGAACAUUUAUGAUAUUAUUUCUUCGAUCAAAAUCCUGGCGGUGAAUGAACCCGAGAGGGCCGCGGCUCUGUUGAACGCGAACCCACAGCUCUCUUAUGCGCUUUUCCAGUCGUUGAUCAUGAUGAACCUAGUGGACCCGAUCGUGUUGCAGAGGAUGUUCCCGAAGGUAACGCCAGGAUCAAAUGUACCGAACCCGGCUAUACCGCCUCAUAUGCUGCCGCCGCCGCCAGCGUUACCGACGCAUAUGGCACCUCCACAAAUGCCCUUCCCACCACCAACAUUUGCAGGAGUUCCACCACAGCAGCAACAGCAACAACAACAGCAGCAACAACAGCAACAGCAACAGCAACAGCAACAACAACAGCAACCGCCUGUUAUCCCACAGCCAUCGCUUGAGCAACAACAGCAGCUGCUGGCCCAAGUGAUGGCAUUAACGCCCGCGGACAUUGCAUCCUUGCCCGAGGACCAGCGAGCCAAUAUCAUCAAGUUGAGGGCCCAACUGUUAGGUAAUGCAUGAAAGACAAUACAGACAAUAAAGCAGCGGUUUUUGGUCCCCUUGUUGUUGUUGUUGUUGUUGUUGUUGCUGCCAUUGCAGGACCAAAAAAAAUAAAAGAUGUUUAAAGCGACC